UUUUUUUUUUUUUUUUCAUAAGAAUAAAUAGAGGAAGAUAGUUAACGUGUCGUGUUUAUCCAAAAUUUCUUCACUUGAUAGCUACCACAAUCAGAAAGAAUCCAUACCGGAAUCACAAUCGGAAUCGAAUGGGGAAAUCAACGGCGUUCAAGGACACUUUCACUUUCGAGGAACGAUGCCAGGAAUCACAAGAUAUCAUCGCCAGAUAUCCCGAUCGUCUUCCUGUUGUAGUGGAAAGGUAUACUAAAACGGACCUUCCUGAGAUGGAGAAGAAGAAAUACUUGGUACCCAGAGACAUGUCGAUCGGGCAGUUUAUUCACAUACUUAGUAGCAGGCUUCAUCUGUCUCCCGGAAAGGCUCUAUUCAUAUUCGUGCAGAACACCUUACCUCAAACGUCUAGCUUGAUCGAGUCGGUUUAUGAAUCGUUUAAGGAUGAAGACGGGUUCUUAUACAUGUGCUAUAGCAGUGAGAAAACCUUUGGCAACAUGAAUGGAUUAUCUGCAUCUUGUUGAUGUGUACUCUUGUUAAAAUGUAAUUAAAAUGAUCAACUGAUAUUCUCUCAAGUAUUUGGUAUAUUUCGUCCCCGUGGAUUAUGGUUUAAUUCAUAUAUAAUGUUUAUUAUCUUUACUGGUU